GUCCAGGCGCCACGGUACAGCCAUGCCGGGCCGCCUGAUGCGGGGCCUCUGGCAGCGAUGGCGCCGUUACAGGUACCGCUUCGUACCCUGGAUCGCGCUGAACCUAAGCCACAACCCGAGGACCCUCCGAUAUGUUCCAGAAGAAUCCAGAGACAAAGUUAUCUCAGAUGAAGAUGUCCUAGGAACAUUACUGAAAGUUUUCCAGGCUCUAUUCGUAAAUGAUUUCAGUAAACAAUCAGAUAUCUUGACUGUGCUUCCAGAACCUGUUAAAUCAAAAUAUCAAGACCUACUGUCAGUUCAGCAUCCAAGGGUAAAACAGCUUGAAUACAGACAUCAGCAGCAAAAUACCUUUACACCAGAAGAAAUUCUUUAUAAGACAUUGGGUUUCAGUGUUGCCCGAGCACCUAGCUCAUUGAUUUCUGCUGGAAAAGGUGUCUUCGUUACUAAAGGAUUGGUACGGAAAGGCGCGGUUGUAUCUAUGUAUCCCGGUACAGUAUAUCAGAAGUACGAGCCAAUCUUUUUCCAGUCCAUUGGAAAUCCAUUUAUUUUUAGAUGCCUAGAUGGAGUACUCAUUGAUGGAAAUGACAAAGGAAUAUCAAAAGUCGUAUAUAGAUCUUGCAAUGGGAGGGAUCAACUUGGCCCUUUAAAAAUGAGUGAUAGUACAUGGCUAACAUCAGAAAUUCAUAAUCCAUUGGCUAUAGGACAGUAUGUGAACAAUUGUUCAAAUGACAGAGCAGCUAAUGUCUGUUAUCAGGAAUUUGAUGUGCCUGCAGCUUUCCCUAUAGAACUGAAGCAGUAUCUUCCAAACAUUGCCUACAGCUAUGACAAACAAAGUCCACUACGAUGUGUCAUUCUUGUUGCACUCAGGGACAUUGAACAAGGAGAAGAGCUUUUUUCAAACUACUAUACAAUUGUCAGCUAAUUCUAUGAAAUUAUGUUUACUACUCAGUUAUUGAGUUA